AUCACUUCCUCUCCCAUCGGACGGACAGAGAGGGAAGCGAGACGGGCACACAGCCGCAGCCAGCGCCGCUCCCCUCCCUCGGCCGUCGCCGUCGGCCGCCCUCCGGCCCUCUCCGAGUCGCCGACGCCAGCUAGCCCGCUCCCCUCCAUCGGCCGUCGCCGUCGGCCGCCCUCCGGCCCUCUCCGAGACGCCGACGCCAGCUAGCCCGCUCCCAUCACGGCGCCGGCCGGCCGCACGGUCCCCUCCCCUCGCCGGCUCGCCUCCAACCUGCAGGGCGCCCGCAGUCCGCACCAUCGCUGCCGACCUGCCCUAGCAAGUUAGCAAGCCGUCCUGUUUGAUGAAAUGUCGGCACCAACAUCCUUUCCCUGUGGUUCCAAGAGCGCGCGAGGCAGCAUGAAUGGUGUCGACAGGCUCAGCAGCCUGUCCGAUGAUCUGCUCCACCAUGUGAUGUCCUUCCUGCCGAUGCCGGAGGUCGUGCGCACAAGUCUUCUCUCACCAAGAUGGCGCAACCUUUGGUACUCUACACCAUUCAUCCGCAUCGACAGCCAAGAUUUCGUGGAUAAACGGAAGCUGGAGAAUUUCGGGGACUGCUUGCUGCUCUUGCAUGACCGUACCACUUCCUUGGAUGAAGCCCGAAUCUCUGCCCACUGCGUUAAUGAUACCAAAUGUUCUGUGUGGAUUCGUCAUGCCAUCAUGCACAAAGUUCGUCUCCUUCAUAUUUCUGGAUCUCUCAGUUUGGAUAGGACAGCAAUCUUUCCUUCUCGGCACCUCAAAACAAUCAGGCUCCAAUCUGUCAUGUUGAAACAUGGGUUAUUUAGGCCUCUGAACUACGACUGCCCUGUGCUUGAACAUUUAGAGCUGGAGUGGUGUGGUUUCUGUGACCAUGAGGAGGUCUCAUCAAGGUCACUCAAGGUUCUGCAUAUCAGUGACUGCCACCUUACCUCCGGUCUCCUGAUUUGUGCUAGGAACCUUACCCAUCUCUCUAUCCUUGACACAGAAAUUGGUGGUAUAGUAACCAGUGAUCUGUCUUGUCUGGUAACAGCUUUGAUUAGUCUAAUACCCAAAUAUUUUCAUCAUAAGUACACAGUAGUGGAUCAUCAUCUACAUCUACUUGAUGGCCUUUCACAUGCCACAACGUUGGAGCUGCUUGCGCCAUUACAUGAGCGCGCAUUUGAGGGAGCUAUGCAAACAUGCCCAAUGUUCAGCAACCUGACAAGCUUGGUGCUGGGCGAUUGGUGCAUGACUGCUGACUUGUACCCACUGCACCGGAUUCUCCGAUGCUCGGACAAGCUGAAGGAGCUCACUUUGAAGCUCGAAAUGGAUGAAUGCACCACAUGCAAACUCUUGCUGCCAAUAAGGAGAGCGUCGCCGUCGGGCUCAGGCAGCUACCCUUGCAUCGAGAGGAUCAAAAUCUACUGCCAGAAAGAUCAUCCGAGGGUCGAUGAGUUGGUGCAGGCGUUGGUACCGACUGCCUGCAAUGCGAAGAUCAGCAUCGAGCGGCCCAGAUCCAUGAUAACCAAGAACUCGUUGGCAAAGUUGAUUUGUUGUUGAGACAGUGUUUUGGAGACGCCGAAGUUCCCUGGUCCAUGCGUGUGAUGGUUGUUGGAUCUGAACUGCUUCGUGAAUGUAGGCUGGUUCAUGGAUUCUGGUGGGUAUUCAGUCUAUUUUCCCCAGCUUUCAUGUGCUUGAACAAUUAUACCUGGAGCACAACUGCUGAGAAAAUCUUUUCGAAUGGAAUGUGAGCUUCCAAAUUAUUAGCAAA